AUCCACGUUUGCCUCCACCUCCACCUCCAGCUCCGUCGCAUCCCCGCUCUCUCUCUCUCUCCUUUCACCUAUCCGGUCGGGGGCGAUGUGGGACGCCCUUGGAGACUCCGGCGGGAGCCUACCAGCUAAUCGACGACGAGACGGCCUCCUGAAGGUAGCGUGAGAAUCUUAUGCUUCGCGUGCACGAACUGCAGGUACUUGGCAUUGGCAAACUUGGCCAACGGCGAGCCCGGGUUCUGCGCGAUGAAGCUCGAGGGGUUGACGAACUUGAGCUUCUUGAACUGGUUGAAGAAGGCUUGGGGAAUGCGCUCCUUGAUGAACGACGACUCAUUCGCGAGCGCGAAGUUGGGGAAGUUGAAGCCCUCGAAGAUCGAUCUGGCCACAAACGAUUCGAUGGCGAAGUGCCAAUGGCCGGGCUUCGCGAACCUCGCUCGCGGCUCGAUGAAUCGGAUGGCCUCGUCGAGGUUCCAGUUCGUCGCCUCCAUCUCGCGAGCCAUGGCUUUCGCAAAGUGCCUCACGGAUCGUAAGGUGUAGUGGAGGACUUGGGCGAAGUGGGUCGGGCUCAACGAUGCGAGCUUGAAGCCGUCGAACAGGGGCAAGACACCGCUCGCGUUGAGCUUCUUCUCCGACGACCGGUUCUCGGAGACGAGCUCGUCGAGCUUUUUUAAAACUUUUGCUUGUGGCUUCUUCAAGACUUUUCUUCUUCGGCGGUUUAAGAAGUGGCGCUGCAGCACACUUCUCUUUGGCUUCUUAUUAUUAUAUUAGGUGUUGACUCCAACAUGAUCUUAGCGAAAUGGAGCCACCUUCCCAGAGCAAUGACGAACGGAUGGAUGCCGGACGAUUCACAUGAAUUGGGUCGGCUGGCCCUCUUUCCUAUGGAAUUGGAACCGCCUUUCUCUGGCAAGUCUUCUUCAGAGAACGAAGGCAGGCUUGAAGAUAGGAGGAGCAAUGGCGGCGGAUUGUUGUUGGACAACUUCGAAUUAAUUUGGUCUGAGUUAUGCGACAUUACUUACCUAGAGGGCUCGCUGUAUUUCGAGAACGAAGACGGAGUUAACAAUAGUUGGAGCAAUGGCGACGGAUGGAUGCCGGACGAUCCACAUGAAUUGGGGCAGCUGGCCUUCUUUCCUAUGGAAUUGGAACCGCCUUUCUCUGGCAAGGAAAGUAAUGAGAUCAAUGGCGUUGAGGGCUCUUGCGAAGUUCGAUCUGUUGCAGGGAAAUGCCCUGUGCGACGUCCGAAUGCUGUUCAAUUACUUUCAGCAUCUUCGAAUAACUCUAACUGCCUUUAUGUUAACUUGCGGAUGGAAGAUCGUCAUCCCUCACCUUUGCUGUUAUGGUUGAGGGGUAGGGUAUUAAAACCCCUCCAUUUGCCUGUCGUGGGAACAAUUUUUGGAAAUCUUAAGCAUGACAAUGUCUUGAAGACGGAUCGAUUAUUCUGUGCUCAGCUAUCCUAUACUAAGAACACCGAUUUCUUGGUGAAAUCCAUGCCAGAAGCUGAUGAUCUGUUUUCGCUUUUGCAAAAGAAGAAUCCUGAAUUGAGCAGGCUAGAGGGAAGGGAGGGGUUUCUCCAUCCAUUCUUUUGGAGAUCAAAUGUUAAAUUGCGCUUUCUUCAGCGGAUGAAUGCUAGACUACUUUCCAAAGAUCCGGCAUCCAAUCUAGAUCUUCUGAACGAAUUGAAGAGCAAUCGGCCCCCGGUUUUUUAUGGGAAUUGGAUCGACAAAUUAGAUCCUAUAUUUAAGUCUUACAUACUCCAAACGAAAGAAAAGUACGACUUUAGUUCUCUCAUGGAGUUAGUACGCUUCAUUCGGAAUAAGAGCACCCACCUCGAUGAACUUCUCGAAAAAAUUAAGGAACUCGUCGGAGCGGGUGACGAGGGUUUCUACAAUUACUUUGCUGUACGAUUCCCGAGACUUCUCAUGAAGUUGUAUGGAGCGGCGUUCGAGUUCUCUAGAGAAGAGGAAUGGUUUGUGGUUUUUCAUAUGGAAAACUUUCCAGAGUACUUCGGAAAUGAUGCCGUUUGAUCUUCUUCAAUCCGGUCUCCUGCAUUCCAUAUGUUGUAUUGUCGCGUCUAUUCUUUUGAGUGUAUAGUGUAAAUGUAUGACGUAUAGCUGCUAUAGCACGUUGUUCUUGAUGUUGCAAAAAAAAAUUAUAUUUCAAUGUAUAAUUUAUAAUGUAUAGCCGAGGGAACUUAUUGCUUC